UGACAAAGAGGAAUAACUUUUGCUCCAUCUAUCUGCUUCUUUUUGUUCCUUUCUAAGCCAGAGAUAAAAGGAUGAAGUAAAGGCAACCAGAAAACCAAAUUAAAGGAAAAAGAUGUCUGGGGAAAUAGUGGAAAUUGGAGAAGACAGCUCCGAGAGUAGAGGAACUCAUCAUCACCAAGAUGUUUAUGUUGCAGUUGGGAAGAAUGAUCAACAUCUUGUUCAAUGGGCAAUCGACCAUUUCGCCUCCCCACGCAUUUUCCUUCUGCAUAUCUUCCCUCCCCUCUCCUACGUAUCUACAUCAGCUGGGAAAUUGUCAAGAACCCAUUUGAGCAAAGAGCAGAUGCAAGUGUUUGUGAAUGAAGAGAGCAACAGGAGGAAGAGUCUCUUGGAAAAAUACAUUCGCCAAUGCAAUGAUGCCAAGAUUCCAGUUGAUACAAUGCUUGUGGAGAGCAAUGCACCGUCCAAAGCAAUAAUAGAUUUGAUUGCUGUUGUUAACAUCACCAAUCUUAUCAUUGGGAUGCGGAAACACUCAUCUCACAAGAGGCCCGUGUGGAAAGGACAAGGAAUAGGAGAAUAUAUUGAGAAGAACGCACCAGAUUUUUGUGAGGUCACCAUUGUUUGUGAAGGUAAGAAAAUGAUGAAUGGAAAAGUGCAAUCGGAGAACUUCCCUUCAUCACUUAGGCCUCAACGGCGGCCGGAGAUUACUAGCCGAAACUCGGAGAGAAAAUUCUUUGAAUGUGUUUGCUUUUCAGGCAAGUUCACUUGAAAAUUAUUAGAGCAAAGUGUUUAGAAGUUCGACUGCCUAUCUACUAACUCAUAUUUGUAAUUAAUUCUCAUAUGUGAUGAGAAUUCAAAGUAACAAAAAUAUUUGGUACUAACGAACAUAAUUUUAAUUGAAAUUUUUACGAUGCUAAAAUAGACAACAUUUUAUUUGAGAGCAA